CUUUUCUCUCUAGCUUUCUAAAGCCUCUAAUUCGGUUGCCAAAAGUGGGGAAGGAAGUCCGACCAUGGCUUCCUGCUACCGAUUCACUAUUUCUCACUGUUUGUUGAUUCUUUUUCUCUACCUUCUUCUUAAAUCGAAGACUCGGCGAAUAGUACGGGGCGCUAUCUGAUUGGAAUCUGCUGAAGUGUCGGUUCACGGUUCUUAUUCUGUAUAUUUGGGUCUUUGAAAUGGGUCGCUGAGGUGUGAAGAAGGAGAGCUCAGCUCGAUCCUUCGGCGUAUGGUGAGGCUCUUGCGGAUCUAGUUACUUUGCUGCUAUCUCACGGCUUUGACUGCCCCCCUGUGCGAUUCUUUUAAAAGACAGCUUCUUCGGGUUUAAUUUUCUUUUGUGGGGUUGAAGGGGUUGGGAAAAGAAGCAAAAGGUGCAAUUUUUAAGGCUUUCUGAUGGGAAACUGCUGGAGCACGAGGUUCAAGGUUGUGGCUCCCUCUUACAGCGCUUCUACGUUGGCUGCGAGUUCAGGAGCUAAUUCAAAGAUUAGCAGUAAGAGUGGACAUGGAUUGAGCACCACCACUACCAGCAGUAGUAACAGUAAUGUUUCUUCAUCUUCUGUUCCUCCUGCCCCACGUAGUGAGGGAGAUAUUCUACAGUUUACAAAUGUGAAGAGCUUCUCCUUCAACGAACUCAAAAGCGCUACUAGAAAUUUUCGCCCUGAUAGCGUGUUGGGAGAGGGAGGUUUUGGUUCAGUUUUUAAGGGCUGGCUUGAUGAGCAAACGCUGGAAGCAACAAAACCAGGCGUUGGGAUAGUUGUUGCUGUAAAGAGGCUCAACCAAGAUGGCUUCCAGGGUCAUAGGGAAUGGUUGGCAGAAGUAAAUUAUCUUGGACAGCUACGGCACCCCAAUCUUGUGAGGUUGAUCGGAUACUGCUUAGAGGAUGAACACCGGCUACUGGUCUAUGAAUUCAUGCCCCGCGGGAGCCUCGAGAAUCAUCUUUUCAGGAGAGGCUCAUAUUUUCAGCCACUUUCGUGGAAUUUGAGAAUGAAGGUUGCACUUGAGGCAGCAAGAGGAUUGGCUUUUCUCCACAGUGCUGAAACUAAAGUCAUUUAUCGUGAUUUUAAGGCUUCCAAUGUUCUUCUGGAUUCAAACUACAGUGCUAAACUUUCUGAUUUUGGUUUGGCGAAAGACGGACCCUCAGGUGAUAAGAGUCAUGUUUCCACGAGGGUAAUGGGAACAUACGGAUAUGCGGCUCCCGAAUAUCUGGCAACAGGUCAUCUAACAGCGAAGAGCGAUGUAUACAGCUUCGGCGUCGUCCUGCUGGAGCUGUUAUCUGGCAGACGCGCGGUGGACAAAAACCGGGCGCCUGGUGAGCACAAUCUAGUGGAAUGGGGAAGGCCUUACCUCACAAACAAGCGCAAGAUCUUCCGGGUGUUGGACAGCAGACUCGAAGGACAGUAUUCAAUGGAAGGAGCUCAGAAAGCAGCCUCCCUUGCCUACCAGUGCUUGUUGACUGAAGGUAGGUUGAGGCCGAGCAUGGAGGAGGUGGUCUCUGUGUUGGAACAGCUUCAGGAGAGGAAGAACGGAGAGAAGAAGACGAACCAGUUGGAGCAGAAGAUGCUCGCCCAGAGCUUCGGAAGUGGAUCACAGAGGCCCAGGAUUAGAAGCUUGGAAGAUAGUGCCAGCGCAAAGGUGGCUUAUCCCAGGCCUUUGGCCUCUCCUCUGUUCGAGUAAGGUGAGAGGUACUUUGAUAGUAGGGAAGUUUGAACUGAAAAUCUGUGAAGUUUUUUCAUUGUGUUGUUUUGGCAGUGCGCAUGUGUAGUGUUGAUUUGAUUUCUUUUUGACCGCUGGUUAAAAUGCAAACUUGUUUGGGAUGUGGGAACUUUUUGAUAUUUUAGUCUAUGAUGCGGUUGUAGGGGAGUGCUGCAAAGCAUAAAUUAUUGGGAGACUUUUAGCAUUUAUGUUUGAAAAAAAAAAGAAAAAGAAAAAUGUAGCAUUUAUGUUUGGAUUUUUUGUAUUAUUUU